UUUAAAAUAGUUUGCUAAUAUUAUACAUAAUAUUUCCCGUCGAUUGCAUAUUAUAUUCGCUAAAGAAACAAAAUCUUAAGUUAUGAAUGAGUAUUUUCAUCGUUUGUUUUUCUUCUUCGUCUGAAGUGUUGAGAUCGAAUUGAAUGAAUUUUUAUCGCGAAAGUCACGUAGUAGCUUGCUCUGUUUGAAACGUAUCGAUGUGUCAUGUCAGCAAUCUCUGAGAAAGGUCCCAGGACAGCAAAGUUGCAACCAGACAGACAUCUCCGAAGGCAUUGGUGCAGUAAAUAGAUAGCAGCUGUUUGCUGCUUUACCGUGAAUCCUCGUGCAUCCUCAACUGCUCGGAACUAAUUGCAGUAGACUCCGAAUUUAGUGGUAUUGUGACGUUUGUGUUAAAUCUUUUUUUUGUUAUAUAUACCAAUAGUCUAUGUCAUUCUCGUUCGAUUUCCCCCUCCUGUUGCUUCUUUCAUUUGGGUGAGCAGUGGCAAAAAGUUAGACACUUGGAUUGUCGAAGAUCCGGGUCGUUAUAUAUUGAGUGCCUCACUGUAGUUAUCUACAAAUUUUUGCGUUAUUACCACUUUCUCGAAGAUGUUUUAAGACACAAUGGUCAGAAUUUAGUGCGAUUCACUGGAACCUGUGCUGUAUUUACUCUCCUAAUACCUAAUACAAUAGACAAGAUGAGGAAAAUGGACAAUAGACUAAACCUUGACUCGGACGUUCGCGAGUUGAAGUUGGGAUCCACAUUCACCAAUCCCUCACCAAGGACUGUAUUCCACACGUUAAAAUACGACUUCAAACCGGCUAGUGUAGACGUGAGUAAACCAGCAACUCUUGAAGUAAGCUCAAAUAAGCAGGUCACCGUAACUGUGCCGCAUUUGGAUGGGUCCGGAGUACCCAACACUGUAUUUAAAGGGAACCAGCGAGACUAUACCAGAAAAGAGUGUGUCAUAAUCAUCGAUCGGGUAACGGGAGAAAUAACCCUUGAGAAGCUCAACAGUAAUGUUCAGGUCAAGAAGACCAGAGCCGAAAGUAAAGCUGUUCAGCCGCCUCCUCCACCACCACAAAUAAAGGUGGAAAACUCAACUGCGCGGCUGAGUUCGAAAACCAAAAUUACUACCGGUUCCCGGAAAAACAAUCCUAUUAGCUUCGUGCCAAAACAUUCGCCAUUGCAAAACUCGCCUUCCUACCAUCCAAACAAGAGCCCUCUGUCUGCUCCUGCCUGGAAUGCUAACAAUACCCAACAAACCUUGCCAAGUAUCCCGAUCAUCGGUUUGGAUGACGGAAGUGACUUUAUGUCACUGCCUUCGUCAUCACUGCCCCCGUCUCAAUCCCAGUCACAGAUGCAAAGGCACGAACUGCAGCAGCAGCAGCAGCAGCAACAACAGCAAAUGCACCAUGGUGGCAAUACUCACAACACUAGCGGUGGAAGUAGCAGCAGCAGUGGUUCGAUGAGUAAUAGGGAAACCAAUCACCAUAGUGGUAACAGCAGUAACAGCAACAAUCAUCAAAACAGUCACCAGAACAGUGUCAGCAAUCACGGAGGAAGCGCUCAUGUUGGAUCCAUGGUGGGACUUGGUAGCAAUAACGUCAAUCAUCAUAAUCCGUACAACAACCAUCAUGGGGAAACGAACGUGGAGGUCAGCUUACCGUCGAGGUCUCAUGCUUCGCCGCCUCGCAAUACUGAAUUUUCUACCGGAGUACUCAGCUCGUCGAGCUCUGACUCGAGUGGCUCUAGCGAUAGUGAUAGUGGUUCCGAAUCGGACAGCACAACUGAGGAUAACAAUGAUUCUCCAGUAAAAGACAUGAUGUUUUUCGAUCUAGGUUCGUCCCGAUCGGAGCCUGCCAGCAAUGCUCGCUCGCUUCCCACGCAUCUUCUGACGGAGGAUCUGUGCCUAUCGGAGUCCAACUCGGACUCGGAUUAGAGGCAAACGUCGGCAAACAUGGCAACAAACUGCACAGAUAUAUCACAGGUCAUCCUGGAACUAUUUUUGUAGGGGCACUAUUUAUAUUGAGAUGAAAAUAUACCAAUAUAUCGCAAAGCUAAUAGAAAAGUCAAAUUGCUACAGAAAAGCAACGGUUGUCGGUUGGUGUCACGUCACGUGUCAAAGACUGCAGGAAGUAUAUGUAGCUUAAAGAAUGGUUUUAUUCAAUCUAGUUUUGUAUGAUAAGGCGCUGCCAAAUAAAACAUAAAAAAAAUUAUGAGACAGCACGUUCAGAGGUAGAUGAUGUUUCUAUUUUCUUUCAGCGUUUUUCUCAUUCUUCCGGGAGUGGAAUCGAUUCGUUAGUACGUUAUUUUAUUUUAGUUCUUAUUUUAAAAAUGUUUUCGUCUUGUAAUUCUGAUACGUUUCCGCGUUAUUUACGACUAGUUCUCAUUUGUAUACUAAUUGUUAAACAGCUAAGACCUCAAUCAAUUUCAUCAUUCGUUUUGUUUAAUUUUCAACAUCGAGACAGGGUAUCAGUUUUGUUUUCGGAGAAGUGCUUAAACCUUGCGUCUCAGGCAUUGGCAUUGUUAUAGCUUAUGUAACUGCAGCAGCACUCUGUUGAUUACUUGUGCUCAAGAUAGUAAGGGAAAAGACAAUAUUUAUACUUUUACGUCAUUUGUGUGAGAGAGCUUUCUUCGAACAGAACAGGCUAUUAGCGGAUGUGUAAAAAAUGAUAUUGUCUACGCUAAAUUAAUUACUUACCAUAAUUAAUAAAGAAAAUUACCAUAAACCAGUAAAUAAAAUAUGUUAGUUGAUUUGAA